UGCAUCCCUCACCCCAGUCCCCGUGCACAUCUACUAGUGUCCUGGUUGCUCAAGUUUGCUUUACAGCUCUGCCUUUAUCCUGCCUUCUACUGUAGCUCUUCCAAACUAGAUGCCUCUCAACCAAUUCUUUGCAUCUUUGGGUGUUAAGGCUCACUAGGAGGGGAGGGCUGGGUGGAGUCACUAUUUUAACAGCUUAACUGGUAAAAAGUCAAGCCUUAGGCAAUGCCAUGUCCAUUGCACCCACGGGAGGUGUGUGUCCCGGACCCGCCGUGCCCGGGGAAGGGGGGGUGCAGGAGUGAGUGGGGGGACCCCCAGCCCAGCCCUGCCUUCGCAGUGGGGUCUGCGGCUCCCAACUUGGCUUUGCAGGUGGACGCGUGGCCAUGACGGCGAAGAGGAGUCAGUCUCUGCCAAAUGGAAGUGCCAAGGAGAACGUGCUGCAGAGGGUCCUGCAGCUGCCGGUGGUGAGCUCGACCUGCGAAAGCCUCCAGAAGACCUAUGUCAGCACCAAGGAGGCCCAUCCGCUCAUGGCCUCGGUGUGUGAGGUCUACGAGCGGGGCGUGCAGGGUGCCAGCGCCUUGGCCAUGUGGAGUGUGGAGCCCGUGGUGCGCAGGCUGGAGCCUCAGUUUGCUGUGGCUAACAACCUGGCUUGCCGAGGCUUGGACCACCUGGAGGAGAAGAUCCCAGCCCUCCAGUACCCUGUCGACAAGCUCGCAUCUGAACUGAAGGGCACCAUCUCCACCCCCCUCCAAAGUGCCAAAAGCACCAUUGGGAACUCCAUGGAUAAGAUCAUGGAGCUGGCGGCAGAGGGCUACGAGGCCACCAAGAACACUGUAGAAACAACAGCAAAGUACACGAGGAGGAACUCAGUGACCCAGAUGGCAGCUGCAGGGGUUGACACGGCCCUGGGAGGGCUGGAGAAGCUGAUGGAGUACCUGCUGCCAGAGGAGGAUGAAGAAGCAGAUCAGAAGCCCAAAGGGAAGCGUGGGUCAACAGUAAAGGUCUCCCAGCAGCAGCCCAGUGCUCCAAGUGCUCCCAGUGCUCCUAGUGCUCCCAGCACUCCCAGUGCUCCCAGCACCCUGGGCCGGAUUGGCGCCUUGGUUAGCACUGUCUCCCACCGUGCUUACCAGCAAACCACCCACAGCCUCCAGCGUGCCAAAGCCAAAGGGCAGGAGCUGGCCACCUGGAUCCCCAUCCUGGGCAACUUGGCCAAACCGAGCGUGCCUGAGGCGCCACGGGUCCAAGGUGAUGGGCAGAGCACCACCACCGGCUGGCUGAGCCGGCGGCAGAGCAAGGUGCCAGAGCAGAAGCAGGAGAAAGCAGGGAAGAAAGACAACCACCACACCAAGGAGCAGGCAGGGGACGGCCCCGGGCUGGUGGGCAGCGUGGCUCACAACCUGCAAAGCGCCUGCGCCUCCGGCAUCUCCAGCGUGAAGAAGGUCCCAGCGGUGGCCUGGGAUGCAGCGGAGGGGUUGAUCCUCUUCACGCCCCGCAGGCUGUCCAAGGCCAUGGAGACGGUGGAUGCGCUCGGGGGUACCCUUGUCAGUGCCCCCAAGCAUCUGCUGGGCACCCUGUACAGCUAUGUGCCGCUCCGCAGGCAGUCAGCGAAGGAAGAGGAGGCAGCCGGGGGCAACAAGCCCAACCCGGAGACGGAGCAGAAGGAGGAGGACACCAAGCCUCCUGCCCCUUCCGCCGAGGAGAAAUCCCAGCUGAGGGGCGACUGGCGGCUGUACCGCGGCCAUCACCCCCUCUCCUUCCUGGGGCUCGAGGACCCCCUCUUCCUGCGGCAUAACCUGUACCGCGGCCCUGCCUUCGAGCCCGAAUGCCCCCUCCCACGGAAAUCCGCCUUCUCCCCCUACAACAGGCGGGUGAGCGAGGGCUCCUACCGCUUCAGCCCCGAGGCCAUGUACAGCCGGGCCUACUACACCAACCUCUACAGCCCUGCCUUCAAGAAGGACUGAGCCAGGGGGGAGGACGAGUGCAUCCCAACCCCUUCUAACCCCCCCGCCCCAGCACGCUUUGCCUGGGUCCCCGCCAGCCACCCGCACGCACCCCUGUACUGGGACAGGAGCUCAAAGCAGUAGACAUGCCAUCCUUGGGAUGUCUUCUUCUGGAGCGCAUUGGGGCCAGGAUCGGGGAAUAAAGGCAAUGAAAAGCCCUAUUAGUGGAAGGAGAAGGUAGGGGCAGGUGGGACCAGAGGGGACCAGAGAGGUAAAGGAGAUGCAGAAAGAGCAGUGAGACCAGAAAAGAGAAAAGGGGACCAGCCACACCUUGCACUGGGCUACUCUGGUCCCUGCUGAGUAGAUACCGUGGACUUGGGCUACAAGUUGAGAACAGCUCUGAGACAGAACAGGGAGGACAGCAAAGCCAUCAAACAUCACCAUAGCAAGCCUCGUUCCCCAUCCUUCCUCCCUUGGUCCCACCCCACAGAACCCAUCCCUGGCCACAGAUUUCUCCUCUGGUGGAGCUGGGGGUUCCCACUGACCAGCAGGACUCGUAAGUUGGAAAGCCCUGGGCACCCACCCCCAGAUGAUGGUAAGACAGAUGGUGGGGUUAGGAAGAAGACGGGUGACAACGGGUGGAGCUCCUGGAGCCCCUUGCUCCCACAGGACCGCCUGGCUUCCUGCAACACCUCGUUGUAUCUGCUGCAAUAAUAAACCUUCCCGACCUGC